CAACCAAACGGUGCAGGGCUCACGCGGUCGCGCCAGUCGCCACUCUCGCUGGGCGGCGAGUUGUAGGAGACGGGGAGCAGCCGCGCCGAGGAGCACCGCAGCCCGCAGGGCUCCCGUCAGUUCCCAGUUGUUCCUUUGCUGUUCGUGUCACCCCCGCCGCCGUCCGCUCUCCUGCAUCGCCGGGCGCACACCGACCCGUUCUCUUCUCCCGUUCACCCCGCUCUCUCCCCUGGCCUUUCUUUCUGGCCGCGACGACUGGGCGAGCGCCAGCGCCGCCCUACGCCAGGUGCCCAGGUCCGCUCAGGGCCUCAGGUUCAUCUCCUCCCUCUGUUUCUUAGACCUUUCUCUCCUCCCUUGCUCUUCCUUCCCUGGCGGCGACGACUGGGCGAGCGGCGGCGCCAUUUGUCCUGUCUUCGCCCAGCCCUUUGCCGGCCGAGCGCAUCCUCCAGGCUCAUAGGACUAGGCCUUUUUAUGUCAUAAGCUGCAAUGAAGGAUGCUCAGGAUAUUCAGAGCACAACAGAGUUGCAGUCAUCAGCACAAGGUACUAAUGAAGUGCAGAGUCAACAACCAAAUGCAAUGGCCACUGAUGCUCCUGCAGGAGAUUCUGGUUCCUUGUCAGUAGCAAGUAAUGACAAUAAGAAGGUCUCUCGUGAAGACAUUGAACUUGUACAGAAUUUGAUAGAACGCUGUCUACAGCUAUACAUGAACAAAGGAGAGGUUGUUAGGACUCUAUCUACUCGUGCAAGAAUAGAACCUGGCUUCACUACCUUAGUAUGGCAGAAACUCGAAGAAGAGAACUCUGAGUUCUUUAGGGCUUACUAUAUACGAUUGAAAUUGAAAAGGCAGAUCAUCUUGUUUAAUCAUUUAUUGCAACACCAGUACAAUUUAAUGAAAUAUCCAGUACCUUCAAGUGUUCCAUUGGCUCCAAUGCAAAACGGGAUUCAACAUAUGCCAGUUAGCAAUUUACCAAUGGGGUAUCCAGUACUUCAGCAGCCUAUAAUGCCUGCUCCAGGCCAGCCUCACAUAGACCCAAUGGCCUGUGGUAUGUCCAGUGGUCAUGUAGUGAACGGAAUCCCUGCGCCAGGUGGUUAUCAUCCAAUUCGCAUGAACUCUGGAAAUGACAUGGUUGUUGACAAUGGUGUGACUGAAGCACCACAUGCCGGUGCUACUGGCAGUGCUAUGUCAUCUGAGAUGGCUGUGAGUCCCUCAUCAGCGGCGUCAAGCAACCAUGCUCCUUUUACGCCAUCUGAGAUACCAGGGAUGACCAUGGAUGUAUCAGCACUAGAUUCAACGUUUGGAUCUGAUGUAGGAAAUGCUGGACCUCUGCAAUUAGGACCAGAUGGCUCGUCAAGAGACUCCAUUAGAUCCUUAGGGCAGAUCUGGAAUUUCAGCCUUUCUGAUCUAACAGCAGAUUUGACGAGCUUGGGAGAUUUGGAAGCUCUUGAGAACUACACCGGUACCCCUUUCCUGCCUUCGGAUUCUGACAUAUUACUCGAUUCCCCAGAUCAGGACGACAUAGUUGAGUAUUUUGCUGAUGCCAUCAACGGAUCUCAAUCAGAUGAAGAGAAACCAUAGUGAUGCUCUAGUUUCAUAUCAUUAGACCCGUUCAGGUUCUCUCGUGUAGUGUAAGUUUGCUGCAAUGCUGCGGCAAAUCUAACUGUGUAUCUAAUUCCGUAAUUGGCCUUUGCCACUAGAGAAUUUUUUUAGUAGUGGUUAAAAUCCUAAUUCUUUGGAAUGAAUAGUUGGUUGGUGUAGCCUUUGGCUGUGAACGGUGGAUGAAAAGUUUACAUGCAGUUGGCGACUGUCAGACCUUACCCCCA